UUUAUUUACUUUUGCUUGUUCACAUUCUAGUAAUUACAACAAUUAAUAAUAUUAGUGACUGUUCAAUGUUAAUGGGCCUUACACCACAGACGUAUAAAAUACUUCACAUUAUGCACUAGUCUGUGUUGACAACAUAACCUCAAAUUAAUGUUAGUAUUUGAAUUUUGAUUUGUUUACGUUUUUUAAAAAUGAACGCGCCACCGACUUUCGAAUCGUUUUUACUAUACGAGGGAGAGAAAAAAAUUAUAAGAGAACAGGACACGAAAGUGCCGAAUGCCGCAAUUUUCACUAUCAACAAGGAGGAUCACACGUUGGGCAAUAUGAUAAGGAACCAGUUAUUGAAAGAUCCGAAUGUACUGUUUGCUGGUUACAAAGUGCCCCAUCCUCUUGAACAUAAGUUUGUAUUGAGAAUUCAGACAACGUCCGAUUAUUCACCCCAGGAUGCGCUGAUGCACGCAAUAACCGAUCUAAUUUCGGAAUUGUCUCUUUUCGAAGAAAGGUUUAAGGAAGCGAUUAAGGAAAAGAAGGAAGGUUUGGACUAAUGUGUUAUUUAAUGUGUAUAAUAAAAACCACUAAAAAUAUAAAAUGCAAUAUAUUAACAAACAAUGUAAUAAAGUUGCUUUUUACCCUUAAAUGUAAAAAAACAGAAUAAACUAGUUAAAA